CGGGUCGGGCGCGUGCGCAGCGCCGGAUCCUCCGUCGCACGGGCUUGGGCUGCUCUCGCUCCUCCUCCGGUUCUCCUUCUGCCCGCCGCGGCCCGGUACCAACCGGUGGGUCCUCCAACAGGGCCGUCCAUGCCCCACGCUCCCCGGGCGGGCGGAGUGUGUACUCGAAGCACGUGCUUUAGCCAUGGCGACGGAUCAAGUGAAUGCGCUGUGCGAGGAGCUGGUGAAAGCGGUGACGGUCAUGAUGGACCCCACCUCCACCCAGCGCUACCGGCUGGAAGCCCUCAAGUUUUGUGAAGAAUUUAAAGAAAAGUGUCCUAUCUGUGUUCCCUGUGGCUUGAAGCUGGCUGAGAAAACUCAGAUUGCCAUUGUCAGACAUUUUGGUCUUCAGAUCCUGGAACAUGUUGUCAAGUUUCGGUGGAAUACCAUGUCUCGAUUGGAGAAGGUCUACCUGAAGAACAGUGUCAUGGAGCUGAUUACAAAUGGGACAUUGAGCAUUUUGGAAGAGGAGAACCACAUUAAAGAUGUCCUGUCUCGAAUUGUGGUAGAGAUGAUAAAGCGAGAGUGGCCACAGCACUGGCCUGACAUGCUCGUGGAGUUGGAUACUCUCUCCAGGCAAGGGGAAACUCAGACAGAAUUAGUGAUGUUCAUCCUUCUGCGACUGGCAGAGGACGUAGUGACCUUUCAGACACUUCCCCCUCAAAGAAGAAGGGAUAUUCAGCAAGCAUUAACUCAGAACAUGGAAAAGAUCUUCAGCUUUUUGCUUAACACACUCCAGGAAAAUGUCAACAAAUACCAGCAAAUGAAGACUGAUACUUCUCAGGAGUCCAAGGCUCAAGCACACUGUCGAGUAGGAACAGCAGCACUGAGUACUCUUGCAGGCUACAUUGACUGGGUAUCCAUGACUCACAUUACCACUGAAAACUGUAAGCUCCUGGAGGUACUAUGCUUGCUUCUGAGUGAACAGGAACUUCAGUUGGGAGCAGCUGAGUGUCUACUCAUUGCAGUCAGCAGAAAAGGAAAAUUGGAAGACCGGAAGCCCUUGAUGGUCUUAUUUGGAGACGUUGCCAUGCAUUAUAUUCUCUCUGCUGCACAAACUGCCGAUGGAGGAGGCUUGGUAGAAAAGCAGUACGUCUUCCUGAAGAGACUCUGUCAGGUGUUGUGUGCUCUGGGCAGUCAGCUGUGUGCACUGCUGGGCGUAGAUUCUGAUACAGAAACACCGGCAAACUUUGGGAAAUAUCUGGAAUCUUUUCUUGCUUUCACGACCCACCCAAGUCAGUUUCUGCGCUCUUCAACACAGAUGACCUGGGGAGCACUGUUCAGGCAUGAAACCCUCUCCCGUGAUCCUGUGCUGUUGGCCAUAAUACCAAAAUACCUUCGUGCUUCUAUGACUAACUUGGUUAAGAUGGGCUUUCCUUCCAAGACAGACAAUCCUAGCUGUGAAUAUUCUCGAUUUGAUUUUGAUAGUGAUGAGGACUUCAAUGCUUUCUUUAACUCUUCUCGAGCUCAGCAAGGAGAGGUGAUGAGGUUGGCCUGUCGUUUGGAUCCCAAGACCAGCUUCCAGAUGGCUGGGGAGUGGCUAAAGUAUCAGCUUUCAAGUUCUGUUGAAUCAGGGACAAUAAACUCUGGAACUGGAGAGGGAAGCCUCUGCUCCAUCUUCUCACCUUCAUUUGUGCAGUGGGAAGCCAUGACCUUUUUUUUGGAGAGUGUGAUCAACCAGAUGUUUAAAACAGUAGACAAAGAAGGGAUUCCUGUCAGUGAUGGCAUAGAGCUCUUGCACAUGGUCCUGAACUUUGAUGUGAAGGAUCCGCUCAUCCUCUCCUGCGUCCUCACUAAUGUCUCAGCACUCUUCCCAUUUGUCACGUACAAACCAGAGUUCUUACCUCAGGUCUUCUCAAAGCUAUUUUCAUCUGUCACUUUUGAAACUGUUGAAGAAAGCAAGGCUCCCAGAACCCGGGCAGUGAGGAACGUGAGGAGACAUGCUUGUUCCUCUAUCAUCAAGAUGUGUCGUGACUACCCUGAGCUUGUGCUGCCCAAUUUUGACAUGCUUUAUAACCAUGUAAAGCAACUCCUCUCCAAUGAGCUCCUCCUGACCCAGAUGGAGAAAUGUGCCCUCAUGGAAGCCCUGGUUCUCAUUAGCAACCAGUUCAAGAACUACCAACGUCAGAAGUUGUUCCUAGAGGAGCUAAUGGCACCUGUGGCCCGUAUCUGGCUUUCUGAGGAAAUGCGAAGAGCGCUGUUAGAUGUUGAUUCUUUCAUUGCCUAUGUGGGUGCAGAUCUGAAAAGCUGUGACCCAGCUCUGGAGGAUCCCUGUGGCUUGAACCGAGCGCGAAUGAGCUUUUGUGUCUACAGUAUUUUGGGUGUUAUAAAACGAACUUGCUGGCCUGCUGAUCUAGAAGAGGCCAAAGCUGGGGGAUUUGUGGUGGGUUAUACACCCAGUGGCAAUCCAAUCUUCCGAAACCCCUGCACAGAGCAGAUUUUGAAACUUCUAGACAAUCUGCUUGCCCUUGUAAGAACCCACAAUUCAUUAUACGCACCAGAAAUGUUAGCCAAAAUGGCAGAGCCUUUUGCCAAGGCUCUAGAUAUGCUUGAAGCUGAAAAAUCUGCUAUAUUAGGAUUACCUCAGCCUCUCCUGGAGCUCAAUGACUAUCCUGUCUACAAAACAGUCUUGGAAAGAAUGCAGCGCUUCUUCAGCACUCUUUAUGAAAACUGUUUCCAUAUUCUGGGGAAGGCAGGUCCUUCCAUGCAGCAGGACUUCUACACUGUGGAGGACCUUGCGGCCCAGCUUCUCGGCUCAGCCUUCAUCAACUUGAGCAAUAUUCCUGAUUACCGACUCAGACCUAUGCUUCGGGUCUUCGUGAAGCCUCUUGUGCUCUUCUGUCCACCAGAGCACUAUGAAGCCCUGGUACCUCCCAUCCUUGGACCUCUUUUCACCUACCUCCACAUGAGACUUUCCCAGAAAUGGCAAGUCAUCAACCAGAGGAGCCAGCUGGGUGGAGAAGAUGAGCCCACAGAGGAAAAUCCAGAGUCUCAAGAGAUGCUAGAGGAACAGCUGGUGAGGAUGUUAACCCGAGAAGUCAUGGACCUCAUCACCGUUUGCUGUGUAUCAAAGAAGAGUGCCGACCACAGCACAGCUCCCCCUGCUGAUGGGGAUGAUGAAGAGAUGAUGGCCACAGAAGUCACCCCUCCACCAGUGGCGGAGCUUACAGAGCUGGGGAAAUGUCUGAUGAAGCAUGAGGAUGUUUGCACAGCAAUGUUAAUUACUGCCUUCAAUUCCCUGGCCUGGAAAGAUACCCUGUCCUGUCAGAGAACGACCACACAGCUCUGCUGGCCUCUCCUCAAACAAGUGCUGACAGGGACCCUACUGGCAGAGGCUGUCACAUGGCUUUUCACCAGCGUCCUCAAAGGUUUACAGAUGCACGGGCAGCAUGACGGGUGCAUGGCUUCCCUGGUCCACUUGGCUUUCCAGAUAUAUGAGACUCUGCGCCCCAGGUACAUAGAGAUCAGAGCUGUGAUGGAACAGAUUCCUGAAAUUCAAAAGGAUGCUCUGGACCAGUUUGACAGCAAGCUCCUGAACCCCUCCCUGCAGAAAGCAGCUGACAAGCGACGCAAGGACCAUUUCAAACGCCUCAUUGCUGGUUGUAUUGGGAAACCCUUGGGAGAGCAGUUUCGAAAAGAAGUUCACAUUAAGAAUCUCCCCUCACUUUUCAAAAAAGCAAAGCCAAUGCAGGAGACAGAGGUGCUGGACAGUGACGGGGGCAGCCUGGCUACCAUCUUUGAACCCUGAAUCAAGCUGUUGGGCAUCUUCCUCAGCCUUUGUCAUCUCUUCUUCCCUCUGUAGCUAAUCUCUAGCCCCUCUCACAAUGCCACCUCACUUUGCACCGUGAUCAGCCUGGAGACACACCCAGGUCUGGAGCAGCAGAGAGGGCCCUGUGCAGGGCCCCAGUAAUUCUACAAAUGUAUCAAGAGAGAGAUUUAGGGCUUUCUGUUGAGGUGUCCCAGGUAGUUCCCAUUCUACUUGGACUUGUGGCUUUUCCAAGAAAAGCUAGAGCAGAAUGGCCCUUCUCCUCAAGCCCUUUGCCCCCACGCAGAGUGGGAACUGGGGGUGCUGUGCCCAACACAGCAGCUUUGCAGACUCACAGAGGCUCGACCCUCAACUCCUUGUGCCAGUUUUUCCUGGACCACUGCUAGUCCUGCUGAGCUCUGUGCUGCUGGGCUGGCGGGAACCCUUCCCCACCCCCAUGGGUAUGUCUGGAUUAGGUGCUAAGUGCUGAACGCAAUUUGGCCAGUUCUCUCAUCUCGGUCUUGGGCAAGAAUCUGGUCACCUGAUGGAAUCUAUAUUACAAACUAUUGCUAAAGUCCGGGCACAGUGUCAAGCAUACCUCCAGGGACCAGGGCUGGGCUUAGUGCUAACAUCCUUCUUAGAGCUCACAUACUUGCCCUUCUAUGAAUGACCCUCAAGCGUUUCCCCAGCCUCAGGGUCUACUCAGGCAUAAAAGCCAUAGUACCCUACUCUGUUACUAGGUCACUGUCAUCCCAGACCAACUAGGCUUACAUCUGUGACAAGCAGCUAGCAAAGCCACAGUUCCCUGGGACUGCUUCAGUCCAGGUGCCUUUAAAAAACCUCAUGGUCUUUCAGGUCCCUGAUCUCUUUCUUUUCUUCAAGAUCCAUUUCCAAAAGGAAAAAAAAAAAAUGCUUUCCCAUAGCAACUGGGUGUGGGACCAAGCCUUGAGUAUGAUAUAAAGUAGGCUUGCCAUACAGAAACCAUAGGGUACCAUGUACUCCAGAGGCUGACCAUCUAGGUCCUAUGAGAGGUCAGUGGAGCUACUGCUCCUAGCUGGUCCAGGCUGCAGCACAGUAACACUAAGAAGAGGCAAGCUGGAAAACGGCAUGGGAGUGUCACACUGCUGUGUGCUACACAAGUCUGCCCCUUCUUCCUAUCUAGUGCACAGGUCUGUUUUUUUGAUUGUGAAGGUAAGCUCAAGAUUAUUUUCCUCCAAACUUGACAGCUGCCUACUUGGUUUGGUUGGGGCUGUGGAGGGUAUAGCUGUAUUUAUUACCUUGUAAUAUUUUGGACAUCCUGUGAUUUCAUGCUAGAUGUUUUCUAUUGUUUAUAGAAUCUUUUUGUAGAGAUGUGAACUAAAACACAUCUGCAUGUCAGUAAAAUAUCAGUUUCACAUAGAAAGGGCCUUCCUUAUCUGCCUUUUUCAAACAACAGUGAGAUCUGUAAGGCUUAGUUCUUCAAGAGCAUCCAGUUUAAGGGGGGCUAGACAGGAAGAGCUAGGCCUGCUGUUAAGCUAUCUGAAACUGUGACAGAUUUGUUUAUCCAACUAGACCAGCAUCUCACUGUGGCUCCCAGGCUGGCCCAGACCCUGACAGUCUUGUCUAAAAAGAUUUGCUGUUCUUUAUACUGUGUCAGCACCAUGACUGUUAAGGACAAGCCCCUACCUUCUUACUUUCCCUAUGAGAAACCCCUGAUGCCAGGAGAUAGGUGGAAUGGCUCUGUAUCUUCCUAGAGUUUGGCUGCACCCCCAGAACCACCUCAAUUUGGCCUUUCUCAGAAGACAUGGACUCAAUGUGCCACUGCUCUGAGGAGAAAAGCCCCAUAUUUUUAGAACAAGAUAGCAUCUGGACAUGAAUUUAUUUACAUCAGAGGCCUUACAAAGGCAAAAGUCUCAUUCUGUGACACAUUUAACAAAAUGUAUUGAUUGAAAAUAAAGCUGGAAUUGGACAUCUA